UCAUACGGGACCUUGCCUUGUCACGUGUUUUUCCUUCUGCCGGCCAUCUUGACUAAAGACUCAACUGAACCAAAAUCUCUUUGAAAAAAACCCGAAAUAACCAUGCCUGUCCGCGGGAAAGGAGAUGAUAUAGGGAAAAUUUUUGUGGGUGGUCUUGCAACUUCAACCACCAAAGAGGGCCUCCACCAGUAUUUUGAGAAUUUUGGUGAGGUAACUGACUGUGUGCUAAUGACAGACCCCACCACCAAAAGAUCAAGGGGCUUUGGAUUUGUGACAUUUAGAGAUCCUGCUACCAUCGAGUCAGUCUUGGCCAAAAAACCACACAUCUUGGAUGGCAAGACUAUCGACCCCAAGCCUGCGGUUCCCAGAGGCCCUGGACAGCAAGCCCAGACUGGUGCUGUAAUGGGUGGUCCACAGAGAGGCUCAGCUAAUGAUGGCAAAGUAUUCAUUGGCGGACUUGCAUUUGGGACAACUGAAGAAGACCUUAAAGAGUAUUUCAGCACCUAUGGAAUGGUGAAAAAUGUUCAGCUGAUGUAUGAUAAAGACACACAGAAGAUGCGAGGCUUUGGAUUUCUUACCUUUGAAUCAAAGGAGAGUGUCGACAAGACAACGCAAAUACAAUUUCAUCAAAUCAAUGGAAAAAUGGUGGAAGUUAAGAAAGCUGAGUAUCGCGAACGGGGUCAGCAGUCCAAGGACCAUCAGAUGGGGGGUAACCCCCUAGCCACACCCCUUCACAUGGGUGGUGGCCAAUAUGGUGGACAGUAUAUGCAUCAAGGUGGAUAUGGCCAGCAGGGAGGUAUGCCUGGCAUGGGGCGUGGCUAUGGGGCAGGAAACCAAGGGUUUGCAUAUGGGGCUGCUGCGCCUGGUGCUGGGGGCUAUGGCUAUGCUCCUCAAGGAGGUCCUCCCAGUUAUGGCGCUAACAUGCCUAUGGGAGGAGGUCCCCCUUCUGCUGCCCCUGGCUACCAAGGCGCUGGGGGGUAUGGUACACAGCCAGGCCCUGGAGCUAUGGGGGCAUAUGGUGCGCCGCCGAGAGAGGCCCCUGGUGCUUAUGCGCCUCAGUCAGGGUAUGUGGCAGCAGCUGGGUAUGGAGCCACACCUGCCCCUGGCGCAAUCCCCCCAGGUGCUGCAGACUAUGGACAGGCUGGGGUCCCACCCACAUCCGCCAUCCCAGGCUCUGCAGCCCUGCCCACUGCACAGCCACGUGCAGAAGCACCGAGUGUGGGUGACUACGGAGCUGCCUACAGCUCAUACGGUCUUGGUAACUACCAGCAGACUGACUCUCAGUAUGGACCAGCAAGAAGCUCCUUUCCUGCUGACCCUGCCUACGCUGGCUACCCUGCAGCAGAGUCUUAUCCUGCCGGUCCAGGUGCGGGCCCUGCCCCUGCAUUUGCAGCUGGCGAGUCAUUUGGGCGGGGUGGUGGGGCAGCCACCAGAGGCUUCCACCCCUACGGGCGAUAGACACACUGUACCCCACCCAAAGAACGAUGAGCAACCCUUUACCUAGGAUGGUUUGGGUUCAGUAGUAGUUUGAACUGAUGGGUUCUAAGACCUAAGCUACAACAUGAUUGAGACUUCAAGUGUGGCCAUCGAAUGGAAGUUCAAACACGUCCUAUGUAUAAAUAGUAACAGUAUAUCAAGAAAAAAGGAACACAGGAAUUCUCAUACAGUAUAACACUUUAUUUUUCAACCUAGAAAGGUUCUUUUUAAAGUAUUUUAUUUAUAUGCAAGUUUUAUCAUCAUUGUGCAAGACAAAAUAUGUAAAAUACAAGCUAGAUAAAUAAAAGUGUAGUUCCUGUACAAAA